UCUCGAAACAGGUGACAGGGGCGUUAACGUUACGUUUCUGUCGCAGUCAAAUGACGUCACCAAGAAGGCACGGUGGUGUUUUCAAGUAGCACGAGGAUUUUAACGCCACUCUUCGAAGAAGUUCGGUGAAAUGGCAAAGAAUAAACAAAAGGGGAAAAAACAGAAGAAUGUCUUUCAAGUGGCAAACAAGCACUUGAAGAACAAGACCAAAGUGAAACCCGUCACAACAACACUCAAACAUAUCAAUACAGUGAAAAAGGAGAAAGUGGAGAGUCUAAAUCAAAUCUUCACAGAAGUCCAGAGGGAUGUUAAGAGCAUUUCAAAGUCAGUCGCUCCUGAACCAAAGAAACAAAUACAGGUUGUCAGAGAGCCACCAAAGGAAUCUGUAAAUAUCGACAAUGCCGCUCAACUCUUCUCUCAGCUAUAAUGGUAUAAAAAUAAGUGAUUACCACGAACAAAGAUGAUGGACUGAAUAUGCUCUCACAGCAUUUUGUCAUUUCUCUUCGAAAUGAGGACUACAGAUGAGCUGCCAAGAACCUGCUGCAUUGAUAUGGGAGUGAAAUCUCAUGUGCAACUCAAGGUUUUUGCAUAUUAUGUGCACAAAGAAAUCAAAUCCAAUUACAGAGUUGAACACUGUCAAUUGUAACGUUCUUUCAGAUUAUGCACCUUUGUGUAUUUUAUUAAUAUCUUUUAGACUUAUACACGUUGUCAUUAUUGAUUCUCAGAAAAUGCUUACGUUAGAGCAGAUUCAAACUGUAAUGUUAUAUAUGGCACGAACAAUAAGUUAAAUGAAACAAAAUAAAGUGUUGAUAUGUCAGAUGACUCAUCUUUUCAUUAACCGAUUCUCUUUAAAACUCUUUGUGUACCUUGUAGUCAUUUUUCAAUAAACUUUUCAAAAGAAUUCUCCCAACUACACGAA